UUUCUUUCCGCAUCUUCACUCCCGAGUUGCUCAAUUUCUUGUAGACAUUGAACACUGCAAUGGCCACUCCUGGCUGCGGUGUCAACCCCAGCGACGGAGCAGGAGAGAGCAGCAGCAAUAUCGCAGCAGCAGCAGCAGCAGCAGGAGAAAGUUCAAUGGGCUCUCAGCCUCAACGGCGGGCGCAGACUCGACGACGUCCACGGAGAGACGACUUCUGGUCGAGGGAGUAUUGGGAGGAGCGCUUCUCCCUGGAGCCUUCGAUUUUGAGGGACGAGAAAGAGCCGUCGUCAGCAGUGCAGGAACAGGUAGAUGGUCAUUCUGGCAAAGUAAAUGGCCAGGAGGAAGGAGAGAGAAAGGGAGAGGGAGAGGCCUUCGAGUGGCUUGGGGCGGGGGAGGAGUUGCUCACUCGCCUAGUCGAGGGGCUCGAGAGAAGGAGUCGAGUCAACGAUGGUGUGGGGAAAAGCACUCAAGAAAUUGCUAAAGGUGUAGAAGCGGUCGGGCAUCAAGACGGACCACUGGUGCUGCACAUUGGCUGCGGAAGCUCGGACGUGGGAUGUAGAAUGAGGGGUAUGUGGGAGGAGCGAGCCCGCACCCGGAAGUUGCAGCAGAGACCAUGGGCCCUUGAACGGAUCAUGAAUCUGGACUACGCUCCCUCGUCCCUCGUCCUAACCCGCCAGCAAGAGCUGCAGCGAUUCGGGGACGUCAAGAUGCAGCACGUCGUGGCCGAUCUCCUCUCUCUACCUUCGCUCCUCGCCGUCUUGCCUCUACCUCCCACCUCUCCCGAGAUUCCAGGACAGGAGACCCAGCAACAGCUGAUAGUAGAUGCGAUUUACGACAAGUCGACGGCGGACGCAAUUUCUACCGGACCCGACUUUGUGCUGCUGCCCCAGAGCUUGCGGCAGCCAGGGGGAGCUUCGACUUCUGGCUGGUCAUUCCUGGAUGGGUGGGCGGUCAAAGCGCCAGAGGAGGAAAUGUACGAGGAGCUCAAUGGAUAUCGCAGAUCUCGUCCUCCGACGUCAAGGAAGAUACGGGACCCCAACGAGAUAGUGCUAGAGCCAGUAGAGAUGCUGGCGUACAAUCUUGCAGCAGUGACCCAACCGGGCGGCAUCUGGGCUGCCUUGAGCUACUCGGCUACUCGCUUUGACUUCUUGGAGACAGAAAGUCGGAAGCUGUCAAUGUCUUCUGAGGCGGAACAGACAGGCAAGCUGACGUCCUUGACAGCUUUAUGGCAGGUGGAGAGUAAGUGGUCUGUAGAAGCGCCGGGUGAUGGAAAUGGGAAGAAGGAUGUGCAUGCCCCAGAGGUGAGGCACUGGUGCUUCCUGCUCCGGCGUACGGGAGUCACGCCUUGACCAUAGCGGUGGGAAGCAGAUGAAAAACAGUCUGAAGUUGUAUCAAUGGUACCUCAAUCAACGCACUAUUGCUUAU